AUGACCCAUAUAAUAAUUUCCCCUCUUAUUGCUUCCCUGCUGCUUUUAUUAUGCCUUGCUUUGCACUUCACCAAUGCUACUGCUAUCAGUGCUACUAUCCGACCAGGCCAAUCACUAAACACCUCGGAGAUCAUUGAAUCUGCCAACGGAAUGUACAAACUUGGUUUCUUUGGUCAAGAAACCUUGGCAAAGUAUCACGUGGGAAUAUGGUUCAGUCAUGUUUCUAACCGCAACGUGCUUUGGGUUGCAAACAGGGAGCGGCCAUUCCCAGAUUCCUCUGUCGUUCUUACCUUCAACCCGGAUGGGAAACUUGUAAUAUCCGAUGGCAGUUUAUCGUACGUUGUGACCAACAAUUUAGGUGGUAACGAUACCUCUGCCACGCUAUUAGAUACAGGUAAUCUUGUACUGAAAAACAGGGCAUCAGAAGUUUUGUGGCAAAGCUUUGACCAUCCUACCGAUACUCUUUUGCCGGGAAUGAAGGUUGAAGAUGAUAAGACAGGAUGGUCAUUAACAUCAUGGAAAAGUAAUGAAGACCCUGCUCCCGGUGUUUUCACUCUGCAUCUGGGUUCUCGGAAAGAACUCAUCAUAAUGGAGGGGUCUAAACCAUGCUGGAGUAGUCCAAUCAUUGGUGAACUAGCUGAUAAAUUCGUGAUUGAUGGGGAGAACAUUUCUUACACUAUCAGUAAUAAUUAUCCUUCUCAAUUUAGAAGAGUGUCGUUGAGUGUAAAGGGGGAGCUUCGACUGCAGACAUGGUCGUCAGACAAUUUACAAUCUUCUGCAAAUUUGUCCGGAUCAUUAAAGUGUGGGGCUUAUGCUUUCUGCGGUGAAUUCACCAUAUGCAAUGAGACAGCCGAUGAGCCAUGUGACUGUUUGCCAGGAUUCAAAGCCUAUGCAGCCAAUUCUAUUCAAGGAUGUAAGAGAAAAACAGAUUUGCCGUGCAGAGAUGAUGUUCAGAAACAUGGGUUUCGUCAAAUGUCUAUGGUUUAUUUGCCCAGUAAUCCCCAGCAGUUGCAGUACGUUGGCAAUGCUUCUGAGUGCAAAUCAGCUUGCUUGAAAAACUGCGACUGUACUGGUUAUGCUUAUGAUCAAGAGCGUGGCUGCCUAGUAUGGGAAGGUCCUCUGUUAAAUCUGAAACAAUUCUCAGAAGAUAAUACAUAUAAACAAGACUUCUAUUUGAAACUUGCUCGUUUGGACUUGGCUGUCGAAGACACAAACUCAACGAAAUUGAAGGAUAACCGAUUAAAGAAAAUUGUCAUUCCGAUUGCAGUGAUUUUUGCAUUGGGCCUUAUUGUUUAUUAUGUGAGGAGGAGAAAGCUCAGAAGCAAGGGGGAGGAUUUGUUACUUUUAGAUUUGGGCAUGACCCAAAAGGCUAAUAAUUCAGAGGAUGGAAAUAGUAGAGAAGUCCAAAUGCCAUUAUUCAGUUUUGCAAGUGUUUCUGCUGCAACUCAUAAUUUCUCAGCUGCAAAUAAGCUCGGAGAGGGUGGCUUUGGACCUGUUUACAAGGGAAUAUUACUAAAAGGUGAUGAGGUAGCUGUAAAAAGACUUUCAAAAAGAUCUGGACAAGGUUGGGAGGAGCUUAAAAACGAAGCAAUGCUCAUAGCUAAGCUUCAACACAAGAAUCUUGUUAGACUUUUGGGUUGUUGCAUUGAACGAGAUGAAAAGAUAUUAGUUUAUGAGUAUAUGCCCAAUAAAAGCUUGGAUUUCUUCCUCUUUGAUCAAGAGAAGCGCAGAAUAUUAGAUUGGAGGACUCGUGUUGGAGUCAUUGAAGGGAUUGCUCAAGGACUUCUUUAUCUUCAUCAAUAUUCCAGGUUGAGGAUUAUUCAUAGGGACUUGAAGCCGAGCAAUAUUUUGUUGGACAUAGACAUGAAUCCCAAGAUAUCAGAUUUUGGAAUGGCGAGAAUAUUUGGUGGAACUGAGUCACAAGCAAAUACAAAUAGGAUUGUUGGCACUUAUGGUUAUAUGUCCCCUGAAUAUGCUUUGCAAGGUCUCUUUUCAAUCAAAUCUGAUGUAUUUAGUUUUGGCGUACUAUUGUUGGAAAUUGCAUGGGAAUUAUGGACAAGUGACAGGGGAUUAGACUUUGUAGAUCCACUACUUGAUGAUAUAUCCUCUAUGCACAUGGUAUUGAGAUAUGUUAACAUAGCUCUGCUCUGUAUUCAAGAAGGUGCAGAGGAUAGACCGGCCAUGUCUGACGUUGUCGCCAUGCUUAGCAAUGAAGGCGUAGUUCUACCUUAUCCCAAAGAACCUGCUUUCUUGAACGUGAGGAUUAUGUCGAAGGAAAACCCAGUUAACAGCAGUCCACAAAUCUGUUCUCUGAAUGGUGCAACGAUUUCAACUAUGGAAGGCCGGUUAAGGAUUAUUCAUAGGGACUUGAAGCUUUGUAAUAUCUUAUUGGACAUUGACAUGAAUCCCAAGAUAUCAGAUUUCGAAAUGCCAAGAAUAUUUGGAGGAAAUGAGUCACAGGCAAAUACAAAUAAGAUUGUUGGCCCCUAUGAUACUAUCCGACCAGGCCAAUCAUUAAACACCUUGGAGACCAUUGAAUCUGCCAACGGAAUGUACAAACUUGGUUUCUUUGGUCAAGAAACCUUGGCAAAGUAUCACGUUGGAAUAUGGUUCAGUCAUGUUUCUGACCGCAACGUGCUUUGGGUUGCAAACAGGGAGCAGCCAUUCCCAAAUUCCUCUGCCGUUCUUACCUUCAACCCGGAUGGGAAACUUGUAAUAUCCGAUGGCAGUUUGUCGUACGUUGUGACCAACAAUUCAGGUGGCAACGACACCUCUGCCACGCUAUUAGAUACAGGUAAUCUUGUACUGAAAAACAGGGCAUCAGAAGUUUUGUGGCAAAGCUUUGACCAUCCUACCGAUACUCUUUUGCCCGGAAUGAAGGUUGAAGAUGAUAAGACAGGAUGGCCAUUAACAUCAUGGAAAAAUAAUGAAGUCCCUGCUCCUGGUGUUUUCACUCUGCAUCUGGGUUCUUGGAAAGAACUCAUCAUAAUGGAGGGGUCUAAACCAUGCUGGAGUAGUCCAAUCAUUGGUGAACUAGCUGAUAAAUUCGUGAUUGAUGGGGAGAACAUUUCUUACACUAUUAGUAAUAAUUAUCCUUCUCAAUUUAGAAGACUGUCGUUGAGUGUAAAGGGGGAGCUUCGACUGCAGACAUGGUCGUCAGACAAUUUACAAUCUUUUGCAAAUUUGUCCGGAUCAUUAAAGUGUGGGGCUUAUGCUUUCUGCGGUGAAUUCACCAUAUGCAAUGAGACAACCGAUGAGCCAUGUGACUGUUUGCUAGGAUUCAAAGCCUAUGCAGCCAAUUCUACUCAAGGAUGUAAGAGAAAAACAGAUUUGCCGUGCAGAGAUGAUGUUCAGAAACAUGGGUUUCGUCAAAUGUCUAUGGUUUAUUUGCCCAGUAAUCCCCAGCAGUUGCAGUACGUUGGCAAUGCUUCAGAGUGCGAAUCAGCUUGCUUGAAAAACUGCGAGUGUACUGGUUAUGCUUAUGAUCAAGAGCGUGGCUGCCUAGUAUGGGAAGGUCCUCUGUUAAAUCUGAAACAAUUCUCAGAAGAUAAUACAUAUAAACAAGACUUCUAUUUGAAACUUGCUCGUUUGGACUUGGCUGUCGAAGACACAAACUCAACGAAAUUGAAGGAUAACCGAUUAAAGAAAAUUGUCAUUCCGAUUGCAGUGAUUUUUGCAUUGGGCCUUACUGUUUAUUAUGUGAGGAGGAGAAAGCUCAGAAGGAAGGGGGAGGAUUUGUUAUUUGUAGAUUUGGGCAUGACCCAAAAGGCUAAUAAUUCAGAGGAUGGAAAUAGUAGAGAAAUCCAAAUGCCAUUAUUCAGUUAUGCAAGUGUUUCUGCUGCAACUCAUAAUUUCUCAGCUGCAAAUAAGCUCGGAGAGGGUGGCUUUGGACCUGUUUACAAGGGAAUAUUACUAAAAGGUGAUGAGGUAGCUGUAAAAAGACUUUCAAAAGCAUCUGGACAAGGUUGGGAGGAGCUUAAAAAUGAAGCAAUGAUCAUAGCUAAGCUUCAACACAAGAAUCUUGUUAGACUUUUGGGUUGUUGCAUUGAACAAGAUGAAAAGAUAUUAGUUUACGAGUAUAUGCCCAAUAAAAGCUUGGAUUUCUUCCUCUUUGAUCAAGAGAAGCGCAGGAUAUUAGAUUGGAGGACUCGUGUUGGAGUCAUUGAAGGAAUUGCUCAAGGACUUCUUUAUCUUCAUCAAUAUUCUAGGUUAAGGAUUAUUCAUAGGGACUUGAAGCCGAGCAAUAUUUUGUUGGACAUAGACAUGAAUCCCAAGAUAUCAGAUUUUGGAAUGGCGAGAAUAUUUGGUGGAACUGAGUCACAAGCAAAUACAAAUAGGAUUGUUGGCACUUAUGGUUAUAUGUCCCCUGAAUAUGCUUUGGAAGGCCUGUUUUCAAUCAAAUCCGAUGUAUUUAGUUUUGGCGUACUAUUGUUGGAAAUUGUGAGUGGCAGGAAGAAUACUGGUUUUUAUCAAACUGACUCUCUCCAUUUGAUUGGAUAUGCAUGGGAAUUAUGGACAAGUGAUAGAGGAUCGGACUUUGUGGAUCCACUACUUGAUGAUAUAUCCUCUAUGCACAUGGUAUUGAGAUAUGUUAACAUAGCUCUCCUCUGUGUUCAAGAAGGUGCAAAGGAUAGACCAGCCAUGUCUGACGUUGUCGCCAUGCUUAGCAAUGAAGGUGUAGUUCUACCUUAUCCCAAAGAACCUGCUUUCUUGAAUGUGAGAAUUAUGUCGAAGGAAAACCCAGUUAACAGCAGGCCACAAAUCUGUUCUCUGAAUGGUGCAACGUUUUCAACUAUGGAAGGCCGAUAA